CCUGUUGCUGAUCAGAUUAUCGUCACAGCUUGUCAGACCGUUCGCUCAACUGCGGGCAGGUCGAUGGAGACCCAUAACUGGUGACAGUGGUAUAGUUUGUGUUUCUACACUGUUUUACACAAAACCGGAGAGGGAUGUCUGCACCGGGCUACACGAACCCGAACCCGUCCGUAAAUAAUUACGGCUCGAGCUCGACGCAAAACGGAGGCGGAGCGGCGUCCUGUCAGAACGGUCCCGGACAGACAUACCCUGCCAUGCAUCCGUCAUCCGGCUACUAUAAUUCUGCGCCGCCACAGACUUACCCUACUAUGACGGGACAUGGCGCUGCUCAAACCGGUAAAGUACCAGUUAGUAGCACAGACUAUAGUGGAAACUACUACCCGAACAGCUCAGGUCCGUCACCGCACCCAGCGGCACCAGGAACGCAUCCUCCUGCCCAUCAUUACGCCACCGCUAAUUCCCCUGUGUCCGGAGCACCACUUCAACACCCCGUACAGUCAUACCAGCAGGCCACGUCGUAUGGCGUGCAAGCCGGAUACUACGGACAGCAGUAUAAUCACCCCUCGCAAGUUCAUCCUCCCCAACAGCAGCCCAGCUUGGUACCGGCAUCUAGCGGCAACAACCUUGGCGCCCCGCUGUACCCUAUCGUGUCUUACCCAUCAGCCCCUGGGAGCAGUCAGUACGGCACACUGAGAUCCUCUCAGACUGCUGCCGGGCCUCCACCAGUUUCUACUGUAAUGCCUCUGCCGCCUACCCAGAAUUCUUCGCAACAGUUCCCUCAAGGGAACGGGGCCACGCCCACACCAGCUCACGCAGGCUACGGAGCCCCUCCCUUCAGCCAAACGGCUACUGUCAACGGCCAAUCAAAUGCAGUUCAACAACACUAUGAGCAAAACCUCCACAAUCCCAUGAGCCAUCAUUACUCCGGAGCCCCUCCCGGCUCAGAGGCCCCUAAUAUGGAGCGAGCACCCUCAGGAACACCUGGCACCUCUGUGCAUUCUUCACCACAACACCAUCCAGGGCUGCUGUAUGGUGACCGGCGACUCAAUAGCGCUGUUAGCUCGGUCCCAGGCGAUCACUCCUCAUCCAGUUCUGACCAUGAGGAAGAGGAUGAGGAGGAUGAGGAAGCAGGUGGAGACAGCUCAUCUACAACCACAGGCAGUGCUUCUCCUGUUCCCAACAGUUAUGAGUCUCUGGAGGGCGGCAGUUAUCCAGAUAUCUCUGGUCCUCCCGCUGCUGUUCCCACCAAACAACAAGCCCCGCCCUUCGGAUACAAUUAUCCAACCAUGCAUCCUGCUUACCAGCAAAACCCCGCCCCUAGACCAGACCCCUCCCCUUCUCACGGAGGAUACAGCCAACCGGGAUAUCAACCGUACUCACAGCCUUUCCCGUCACUUACUGAGCUGUCGUCAGCGUUGGGGGGUCUCAGCGGUGCUCCCGAGCUGGAAAUGGAGACCUUGAGGCCUGUGAAUCUUCUACAGGAGAGAAACAUUCUUCCUCCCAAACGCACUCCUCCACCUGAGCCCAAUCUGAGCAGUGACCUGCGCAAGGUCAACUGUAGUCCAGACACGUUUCGCUGUACUCUCACUAGCAUUCCUCAGACUCAGGCUCUGCUGAAUAAAGCCCGUUUGCCUCUUGGACUUCUGCUGCAUCCCUUCAGAGAUCUAACGCAGUUACCGGUCAUCACCUCUAACACCAUAGUUCGCUGUCGUUCAUGUCGGACGUAUAUAAACCCUUUCGUGUCUUUUCUGGACCAGCGCAGGUGGAAGUGUAAUCUGUGUUACAGAGUCAAUGAUGUUCCUGAGGAGUUCAUGUAUAAUCCUGUUACCCGUUCCUACGGUGAACCUCACAAGAGACCUGAGGUGCAGAAUUCUACCGUAGAGUUCAUCGCCUCCUCGGAUUAUAUGCUGCGGCCUCCUCAGCCUGCUGUUUACCUGUUUGUGUUGGACGUAUCCCAUAAUGCCGUGGAGUCGGGCUACCUGAACGUGUUCUGUCAGUCAUUACUAGACAGUCUGGACAAGUUGCCGGGGGAUACGCGCACACGAAUCGGGUUCGUGACGUUUGACAGCACCAUCCACUUUUAUAAUCUGCAGGAGGGUCUGUCUCAACCUCAGAUGCUGGUGGUCUCUGAUAUUGAAGAUGUCUUUCUCCCAACACAUGACAGUUUGCUGGUGAACCUUAAGGAGAGUAAAGAGCUGGUGAAGGACCUGUUAAACUCUCUGCCGGGGAUGUUUGCACACACACGUGAGACUCAGAGCGCUCUGGGUCCGGCUCUACAGGCGGCGUAUAAACUCAUGUCCCCGACAGGAGGCCGAGUGUCUGUGUUUCAGACCCAGCUGGCCACGGUCGGCGCCGGACACCUGCAGUCACGAGAAGACCCCAACCUCCGGUCCAGCACGAAGAACGUCCAGCACUUGGGUCCUGCAACAGACUUCUAUAAGAAACUGGCUCUGGACUGUUCCGGUCAGCAGAUCGGAGUGGAUUUGUUCUUGUUGAGCUCGCUGUACUCGGAUUUGGCUACUUUAGCGUGUGUUUCCAAAUACUCGGCCGGCAGCGUCUUCUACUACCCGUCCUUCCAUCACCAUCACAAUCCAGCGCAGAGACAGAAGUUCCAUAAAGAUCUCCAGCGCUACCUCGCCAGAAAGAUCGGAUUCGAAGCUGUGAUGAGGAUCAGGUGCACCAAAGGCUUGUCCAUCCACACUUUCCAUGGGAACUUCUUUGUGCGCUCCACUGAUUUGCUGUCUCUGGCCAAUGUGAAUCCAGACUCCGGUUUCGCCGUACAAAUGUCCAUCGAGGAGAGUUUAGCCGACACGUCGCUCGUGUGUUUUCAGGCGGCUCUUCUGUACACGUCCAGCAAAGGCAAACGUCGAAUCCGAGUGCACACGCUGUGUCUGCCGGUGGUCAGUCAGUUGAAUGAUGUGUUUGCUGGUGCAGAUGUCCAGGCCAUCUCGUGCCUGCUGGCUAACAUGGCUAUCGAUCGCUCCAUCUCCUCCGGUCUGUCCGAUGCCAGGGAUGCGUUAGUCAAUGCAGUGGUGGAUUGUUUAGCAGCGUAUCGUGCUAACGGCUCAAACAUCCAGCCCUCCGGACUGAUCGCCCCGGCCGCCCUGCGUCUCUUCCCUCUUUAUGUACUGGCUCUGCUCAAACAGAAAGCUUUGCGCACGGGUACCAGCACGCGUCUGGACGAGCGAGUGUUCGCCAUGUGCGAGUUCAAGAGUCAGCCGUUACAUCAGAUCACACGCAUGGUUCAUCCAGACCUGUACAGAAUCGACAACAUGACCGAACAGGGGGCGCUGCACCUGAAUGACUCUGUGAUCCCUCAGCCGCCCUUACUGCAGCUCACGGCAGAGAAGCUUACUAGAGAGGGAGCGUUUCUCAUGGACUGCGGCAGUGUGAUGUACUUGUGGGUGGGCAAAUGUUGCCACGAGACGUUUGUACGGGACGUCCUGGGCUACCCCAACUACGCAUCCAUACCGGUAAACAUGACUGAAAUUCCGGAGCUGCAGACGAUGUAUUCGGAGAGGACUCGAGCGUUCCUGUCGUGGCUGCUGGAGUCUAGAACCUUCACUCCUGCUUUUCAUGUGGUCAAGGAUGAUGCCUCCGUCAAGAGCAGUUUUUUCCAGCAUCUGGUGGAGGACCGCACUGAAUCGGCCUUCUCUUAUUAUGAGUUCUUGCUCCACGUUCAGCAGCAGAUGUCUAAGUAGAACCCUAUAGCUUCUGUUCCACAGCACGGAGCUCUUUGAUUGGACCGCAGACAGGCAGGGACAUGCCCCACUGGCCAAUCGCAGCCUGUGGUUUCUGUGGGGGGAUUGUUUAAAGACAUUUGAGUAUAAAAGAUGUUUUAAAAAAGUGAAUGAAUGAAUGCAAACUGAAUGACUAGAUCGAGAGCGGAGGACAAAGCAUAGCAGUAGAGCGGAUUACACAUAGAGGCACUGAUCAAACUGUCAAUCAUUCCUGUGUUUCUUCAUAUUCUGCCAUUGUGGAUCACAGAAGUCAGACACAGUGGUUAUAAACUACUGAAUAACAUUUCUCCCAUUGCCUUUAGGAUUACAUUUUCCCGUUAUAUUUCACAUUGUGUUGUUUGUCUUUUUUUUUAAGAUAUCCUCAUUACAUUAAAUACUCUCAGAACUCCAUGUUACUUAUUUCAUAUACACUAUGUGCUUUUAUCGUUUGUCUUUAUUUGCUUUCCCCCCAUGUCUGAUUUCCAUUCAUGUCUCUUUUUUCACUGUUCCCUUUUGCUUUAUUUCUUGAUUUUGUAAUGCGAGUUGUGAAACGGUGUCUGUUGUAACGGUGUAAUGGUUCAUCUGUUUUCAUGCACCAUCUCAACAGUGGCUCAUCAGAUUCUCUCUUCUGUCUCCUAAUGUCUCAGCUGCUGCUCGAAACUGUUGUUUAAUUGUUUUCUUUGAGAGAACAAAUCAGGCUGGCAACAGAUGUUGCUUUCAACUUGUUACUCUCAACAAAAAUAUUUUAAUGUGCUAUAAUUUAUGACAAGCUUAUUGAAUAAAAUGAAAUCGUAAUUCUU